CUUCACUUACCAGUGGAAGAACUUCACGAUUCCAGAGAUGGCUUGUGCUACUGCCUUGUAUUUUGUAAUGGAGAUUACAAACAGAUGAAUGCGAGGUUUUCCUAGCACCAUGCCAGAUGACUUAACAUCUUAUCAAAACAGAUAAAGAUGUAAAAGGUAUUGAAUAAAAAUGGCAAAUCAGUUUUGGGACUUGAAAAGAGAAGAAAGAAUGAAGUACUGUCACUAGAUUUUACAGUCUGGGAGGGCUUCCGCCAGGCUUGGAUCUGAGAGCCGCCCGACGACCCCCUACGUAACAUGCAGAAAAUGAUGUGCCCUUGGCAGUUGCUGUUCAAGCCUCCGACCGGUAAGAACAAGUCCCAAGAAGGCAAGGACCUCAACAACAACAUGGAAAAAGCGACCAGGCGCGUCUGCAGCCCUGAAAAACAAGAGGAAAGCAUAUCGAAUGGCCUAAGUCAGAAACCAGAGGUGAUAAUCCACGCUGCAGCAGCGAAAGAAAAAUGUCUCCCAGGUAACACCAAGCAAACCUCUGGGUGCCCAAGGCAUUUGAAAAUUAAAAACUGGGAAAAUGGAACUAGCCUUCAAGAUUCCUUGCACCACCAGGCCAAAGAGUUUCUGAACUGCAGGGCCAAAGUUUGUCAUGGGUCUGUCAUGAAUGCCCCGGCCUUGGUCAGAGGUCCCCGAGAGGAACCCAUUCCGAGAAGUGAAGUAUUACUCCAAGCAACUGAGUUUAUCAAUCUGUUCUACAGUUCGUCGAAAGGGCCCAAAUUAGAUCACCAGGCACGUCUGGAAGCGGUGGCUCAAGAGAUCGAAACAACCGGAACCUACCAGCUGACCCGGGAGGAGCUGGUCUUUGCCACGAAGCAGGCGUGGAGAAACGCCCCGCGAUGCAUCGGCAGGAUCCAGUGGUCGAACUUACAGGUCUUUGAUGCCCGGAGCUGUGCCACUCCUAAGGAAAUGUUUGAACACAUCUGUCGUCAUGUGGAAUACGCCACCAAUGGAGGGAACAUAAGGUCGACCAUCACCGUGUUCCCCCAGAGGACCGACGGGAGACAUGACUUCCGGAUUUGGAACAGCCAGCUCAUCCGAUAUGCAGGCUACCAGAUGCCAGACGGCUCCAUCAUAGGCGAUCCAACCAACGUGGAGUUCACGCAGCUUUGCAUCCAGCUUGGUUGGAAGCCCAAAUACGGGCGCUUUGAUGUGGUUCCACUCAUCCUCCAAGUCGACGGCCAGGAUCCGGAGCUAUUUGAACUGCCUCCAGAACUCGUCCUCGAAGUACCGAUUGAGCAUCCCACCUACGAGUGGUUUGAGGAACUGGACUUGAAGUGGUACGCACUCCCAGCCGUCUCUAACAUGCUCCUUGAAGUCGGAGGGUUGGAAUUCCCAGCUUGUCCUUUUAACGGCUGGUACAUGGGGACCGAGAUCGGGGUGCGGGACUUCUGCGAUACACAGCGCUACAAUGUCCUUCAGGAUGUGGGGAGACGGAUGGGCCUGGAAACAAACCGAGUCUCCUCCCUGUGGAAAGAUAAAGCGGUAAUUGAGGUGAACGUUGCCGUCUUGCACAGCUUUCAGAAACGAAACAUCACCAUCAUGGACCACCAUUCGGCCACCGAGUCGUUCAUGAAAUACAUGCAGAAUGAAUACCGGAUUCGCGGAGGGUGUCCGGCGGACUGGGUCUGGCUGGUGCCCCCCAUCUCCGGCAGCCUCACGCCCGUCUUCCACCAGGAGAUGCUGAAUUACAUCCUGUCGCCUUUCUAUUAUUACCAGGUGGAGGCCUGGAAAACGCAUGUCUGGAAGGACGAGAAACGGAAGCCCAGAAAAAGGGAGGUCAAAUUCCGCACUUGGGCCAAGGCUGCACUGUUUGCGUCCAUCCUCAGCCGGCGCGCCAUGGCUCUCCGAGUGCCCGUUACGGUCUUAUACGCUACCGAAACAGGGAAGUCGGAAACACUGGCCCACCAGCUGGGUGAUCUGUUCAACUGUGCCUUCAAAACCAAGGUCGUCUGUAUGGAGGAUUACAAUCUAGCGGACUUGGAGAAAGAGACUCUCGUCCUAGUCGUCACCAGCACUUUUGGAAAUGGGGACUCCCCGAGCAACGGAAAGACGUUACAGAAUGCUCUCCUAUCGAUGAAGAAGCUGAGCAACCCAUUCAGGUUUGCAGUCUUUGGCUUGGGUUCCAGCAUGUAUCCGGAGUUCUGUGCCUUCGCUCGGGCUGUUUACCAAAAGCUGACGCAGCUGGGGGCGUCUCCGUUGACCUCCAUGGGUGAAGGGGAUGAACUCAAUGGGCAGGAAGAAGCUUUCCGGGCCUGGGCGGUCACGGCCUUCAAGGCCGCCUGUCAAAUCUUUGAGAUCCGCGGGAAGCACCGGAUCCAGUUACCCAAAACCUAUACAUGCAAAGAAACCUGGGAACCAAAAGAUUUUCGGAUCGUGUACGAUGCUCAGCCCCUGGAUUUGAGGAGAGCUCUCAGCGACAUCCAUGGAAAACACGUUGUGCCGAUGAAUCUCAUCUUCCGAGCGAAUCUGCAAACAGCAAAAUCCAGGCGAGCUACCAUCCUAAUUAAGCUUUCCUGCGAGAGGAAGGACGAAGCCAAGUAUCUCCCUGGGGACCACAUUGGGAUCUUCCCCAGCAACCAGAAAGCCCUCGUCGAGGCCAUCCUGGCUCGGGUGGCGGAUGCUCCGUCGUCCGAUGAGAUCAUUCGGCUGGAAACGCGUAGUGAGCGUGGUUACUGGACCACUGACCAGAAGUUUCCAGCUUGCACCUUUGCUCAGGCCUUGAGUCACUUCCUGGACAUCACAACUCCUCCAUCACAGCAGUUUCUCAGGAUGCUGUCUCAGCUGGCGAAAGAAGGAAGUGAGAAGCAGAGACUUGAGCUCUUAAGUCAUAGCUUGGAAGAGUACAACCGGUGGAAGUUUUCUAACAGCCCCACCAUCCCGGAGGUCUUGGAGGAGUUCCCUUCCGUCCAGGUCUCGACGGCUUUUUUGCUCUCCCAGCUGCCGCUGCUGAAACCCCGGUAUUACUCCAUCAGUUCUUCCCCAGAUCUGGAACCCAGGGAGCUUCAUCUGACGGUCGCUGUGGUGACCUACAGGACUAGAGAUGGAACAGGUCCAGUACACCAUGGCGUCUGCAGCACCUGGCUGAACACCGUUGACCUAAACGAGACAAUCCCAUGCUUUGUCCGCAGUGCUGAGGGGUUCCGACUUCCCAAAGACCCACAAAAACCAUGCCUCCUGAUUGGUCCAGGCACAGGGAUUGCUCCAUUUAGAAGUUUCUGGCAACAACGCCUCUAUGAUCGGGAAAUGAAAGGGAUCAAAGGGAAGGGCAUGAUGCUGCUGUUUGGGUGUCGCCAUGCCAGCCUGGAUCACCUGUACCAAGAGGAAAUGCAGGAGAUGCACAGGAAAGGGGUCCUUCAGGAGGUCUACGCAGCUUACUCCAGAGAGCCCGGCUGUCCCAAAGUUUACGUUCAAGACCUCCUUCGGAACAAGCUGGAGGCCAAAGCCUGCAGACUUUUGCACGAGGAGGAGGGCCACCUCUACGUCUGCGGAGACGUCCGCAUGGCCCGGGAAGUGGGCAGGACUGUAAAGGAAAUGUUUGCACGACAGCUGGGCUUGACGGAGGAACAAGCAGAAGACUACUGCUUCCAGCUGAAACGACAAAAGCGAUACCACGAGGACAUCUUUGGGGCUGUAUUUGCACACGAAAACCAAAGAGACUUCAGCGAACGAAAGCAAGAAAGGGACCUAAGUCAAUCUGGAUCACAAGCCCAGCUAACUAUUUAGCCAUAAUUUUGCACGUAACUUUUGCUUUCGGGCCCCAGCGGGGAGGCCCCGUGAAUUUUGCUUUCUCUCUGGAUGAGAACGAGCAAGAUUUGGGCCCCGAGAAGAUCAAAAAGCACACCCGACAUAAUCUAUUUAUAAUUUAAUUCUAUUUAUUCUAGCAAUUUAUUUUUUUGUCUGUAUAUUAUUUUAUGGGAAACUGGAGAGAGGCCAGUUGCUUUUUAAAGGUUUAUUUAAAGAAGGUAGUACCAGAUCAA